AUGGCGAGCAAACUCCACUCAUACUCCUAUGGUGGCACCCUAGAGUCGCUCCUCCUUAACACCACCACUACCACCACCUUCUUUACCAAAGCCCAAAAGAGGUGGCGUAUAGCGUGUAUGGCUAUCUACUUCUCCCAAGUCAUGUUGUCUCUCCCUGCAGAGAUUCUUUUAAAGAGGAAAAAUUAUCACCACUUGUCGAAGAAAUUAAGCUCUUCUUCUCAUAAAAAGGGUAGUCCAGUGCACGAAACUCCCGUUACUGAGGAGUCUGAGAAGGGUCAAAUAUCCACAGUCUUACCUCCACAAGCAAAAAGGUUGUUUCCGCAAUGUGAAUCCGUAACGCCCAAAUCAAAUAACAUUGUUGCUACUGCUUCGCCAAGCUGCUCUUCUUAUACUGUUGUCAAUAUUGAACCAAUGAUUAGUUCCCACCAUGAUGGCGAUGAAACUGUGCACGAUGCUCACUUUACUGGCAUUGAGAAAACAAAGAUAGCAAAGAUGGUGAAGGACAAAACUUUGGACGAGCUUCGUGGAUUUGGAGGUGUCGAGGGCUUAGCCAAAGCUCUUAGAACUGACUCUGAGAAUGGAAUUCAUGAAAAUGAUGAUGAAAUCAACGAAAGACAUAGUGUAUUUGGUUCAAAUACUUACCAGAUGCCACCCCCGAAAGGGCUCAUUUACUUUGUGCUGGAGGCUUUCAAGGACACCAUCAUUCUCAUACUGCUGGUCUGUGCUGCUCUUUCACUUGGCUUUGGCAUUAAAGAGCACGGCUUGGAAGAAGGAUGGUACGAGGGUGGAAGUAUAAUUGUGGCGGUCUUUCUGGUGGUCGUAGUCUCUGCAGCUAGCAACUACAGACAGGAGAGACAAUUCGACAAACUGUCAAAAAUUAGCAACGACAUUAAAGUUCAUGCUGUGAGAGAUGGAAGGCGGCAAAAGAUCUCCAUCUUUGAUAUUGUAGUUGGAGAUGUGGUCUUCCUGACAAUAGGAGAUCAAAUUCCUGCAGAUGGCCUGUUCUUAGAAGGCCAUUCUUUCCAAGUGGACGAGUCGAGUAUGACAGGAGAGAGCGAACAUGUGGAAGUAGACUCCCUGCAGAACCCAUUCUUGUUAUCAGGUUCAAAGGUGGGGAAUGGGUAUGCUCGGAUGCUCGUGAUAUCCGUGGGGAUGAACACUGCAUGGGGCGAGAUGAUGAGCUCAUUAACACGUGAUUCCAACGAACGAACGCCAUUGCAAGCUCGGCUAGACAAAUUGACCUCAUCCAUCGGAAAGAUUGGUCUUGCCGUUGCUUUUCUGGUUCUUGUGGUGAUGUUAAUUCGUUAUUUCACGGGAAACACAGAAGAUGAGUAUGGGAAUCAGGAGUACAAUGGAAGUAACACAGGAAUCAAUGACGUGUUCAAUUCUGUUCUUCGUAUUGUUGCUGCUGCAGUCACUAUUGUUGUGGUGGCAAUUCCUGAAGGUCUGCCGUUGGCUGUCACGCUAACACUGGCAUACUCCAUGAAGAGAAUGAUGGCUGAUCAGGCAAUGGUCAGAAAGCUUUCAGCUUGUGAGACCAUGGGCUCAGCCACCGUUAUUUGUACCGACAAAACUGGCACGCUGACAAUGAAUCAAAUGAAAGUGACCAAAUUUUGGCUCGGCCAAGAAGAAAUGGGAGAACAUUACUCUAGAGCAAUCGCCAAAGAUAUCAUUGCCUUGCUCCACCAAGGAGUCGGUCUAAACACUACAGGUAGCAUUUGCAAACCACUUUCGGGAAUUGUACCAGAGUUUUCUGGAAGUCCAACUGAAAAGGCAAUCCUUUCUUGGGCUGUCCUGCAACUCGGUAUGGAUAUUGAGAAAUUGAAGCAAAAUUCUACCAUUCUUCAUGUUGAGACCUUCAAUUCAGAGAAGAAACGAAGCGGGGUUUCCAUGAGGAAUAAAGCCAAUAACACCAUCCAUGUGCACUGGAAAGGAGCAGCCGAGAUGGUACUGGCAAGGUGUUCGAGUUACUAUCAAAGUAAUGGACAAAUGAAGCCAAUAAGUGAAGAAGGAAGGCAACAAUUUGAGAAUAUAAUCCAAGGAAUGGCAGCAAGUAGCCUCCGUUGCAUUGCUUUGGCUCAUAAGCAGAUUCUAGAGGAAGAAACACAAUGCAAUGAAGAUGGCAAAACAAACCGAAAGCUAGAAGAAGAUGGGUUGACCUUGCUAGGGAUAGUUGGUCUCAAGGAUCCAUGUAGACCAGGGGCAAAGAGAGCCAUUCAAGCUUGUAGAUCUGCAGGAGUGGAGAUCAAAAUGAUCACUGGAGACAACGUAUUCACAGCAAAAGCUAUAGCCAGAGAGUGUGGAAUUUUCACAGCCGAUCAACACCUGAACGAUGGAGAAGUGAUAGAAGGUGCCGAGUUCCGCAAUUACACACAUGAAGAGAGAAUGCAAAAGGUUGAUAAUAUCCGUGUGAUGGCAAGAUCCUCCCCCUUUGACAAGCUUAUGAUGGUGCAAUGCUUGAAACAGAAAGGUCAUGUGGUCGCAGUAACCGGAGAUGGAACGAAUGAUGCACCUGCAUUGAAAGAGGCUGAUAUAGGACUUUCCAUGGGAAUUCAAGGUACUGAGGUAGCCAAAGAGAGCUCUGAUAUCAUCAUCUUGGACGAUGAUUUCGCCUCUGUGGCCACAGUUUUGAGGUGGGGUCGAUGUGUUUAUAACAAUAUCCAGAAAUUCAUUCAAUUUCAACUGACUGUGAACGUUGCAGCUCUUGUAAUAAACUUUAUUGCAGCGGUUUCUGCCGGUGAAGUUCCCCUAACAACAGUUCAGUUGUUGUGGGUAAACCUCAUCAUGGAUACUUUAGGAGCUCUAGCACUUGCUACAGAGCGUCCCACUAAUGAGCUAAUGCACCGUCCACCCGUGGGUCGAACUGAACCCCUCAUAACAAACAUUAUGUGGAGAAACCUUUUGGCACAAGCUCUAUACCAGAUAGCCAUCCUCUUGACCUUACAGUUCAGGGGUAGGUCAAUAUUCAAUGUUACUGAUAAGAAACAGACUGUUUCUAGGGAUUGUGGGAGUAACAAUCGUUCUUCAGAUUGUAAUGGUGGAGUUCCUAAAGAAAUUUGCAGAUACAGAGAGGUUGAAUUGGUCACAAUGGCUAAUCUCUGCCUAGUUACUGAACAACCCUCUCGCUCCAGCCUUGAAACCAAUUUUGUGAAAGGUGAAGGCCAAAACCAUUACAGAUUGGAUGAAGUGACAAAGCUUCAAGAUCCAGACAAAAAUUCUACAUCAGAUUGGAAAAUAAGUUCGAUGGGUAUGUGUUCUGGAACUUUACUGGCAUCAACAGAUAGUGUGGUUGAAGUAGAGAAGGAUGUUACAAGAAUCGCAACUAUUUUAUAUAACUCUUCUGCAUUGAGGAGAGCAAGGAGGAAAACAAUAUAUGAAAAUGGAAGGCGAAAGAACUGUGGUGCUUCUCUUGCCCAAUUAGUUCAUCAUCUGCAAACUCCUAUCCAACAACCAGGGAGAUCAUCUAUGUUUUUUCGGUUCCAGCAGUACAUAUCAGAGUAUCAUGUUUACUUCUUUUCGUAUAGUGAUGUGAAUGAAAUCAAUACAGCUUAAUAAGGCUUUUUCAAUAGCUUAUUCUCUCUUUUUUGUUUCUUCUUUUUCACUGAGGCAAGGGACUUCCCUGUUCCUUUUUAUUUUGGGUUUUUUAUUGGGGGUUGGGGUUAAAGGAAGUUGAGGGAUGAUUGAGUGGACCAUAAAACUUGACAUCAUGCAGACUUACUAGUACCCUAUAGAAACCACAUGUAAGCAGAUUCCAACCAACAUUCCGCAUUCCGCAGCAUUAAUGAUACAGGGUAAUAUCAAUCUAGUACUGUGCAUGCGUACUGGUAAUAUUAUUCAAAGAAAGAGAAACUUUUAGUGAUGUAUAUCGUUCCUGAAAUUGUGCCACUUUCUUCUUUCCUAAGAAAUCAUCAAUUUCACAUAGACUUUUAACUAUAAUCAUUUUUGUCGCCUGAGCUUAUUUAGAAAUUUUAUACCCCCACUAAAGAGAUU